AUGGCGUCGAAUUUGAAAAAGAAAACAGACAAAACUUUAAUCAUUAGUUAUGAUGUACAAUCAAAAACUGAUUCGAAAUAUAUCCGUGCUUUGGUAGCAAUAACACCAGCAACCGAUAAAAGUCUUCCACCAGGCUCAGUUUUUGCAACACCGGAGAUUUUAAAUGUGAUAAAUCAAGAAAAAGUCUUUCAACAAGAUUUUUCAAUAUUUAAUCAAUCCUAUUAUGAAUUAGGUGUUCCAUUUCGUGAACCAGACGGACAAAUCGUCUUUUAUAUUGUCGGUUUACCGACUAAUUCAACCUUGAACAGAAUUACAACUACUCGAUAUGCUAUUGGGAAAAUAAUUGAAUAUGUUUAUGGACUUUAUAAUUUAUUUAAAAACAAUAAACGAAAUAAAUUUACAUAUUAUGUUAAAUCUCAAUCAUCGUCACAAUAUGUUGCAGUGAUAACAACAGUUGAGAAUGAAAAUGGACAGUUAACAACAGGUGACAGUAUAUCGAAUACCAAAGUGGUGAAUGCUUUAAAUAAUGGGAAAGAAUUUCAUGGGAAUAAUAUUAAUGUAUCUGGACGAUCAUAUCAAGCACUGUAUAAACCAUAUAAAUUAUUUCAUACAAACAUUGUACUAGCGAGUUAUAUACUCAAUCAGUGA